AUGGGCCCCCUUCACUGGGCGGUUCUGUUCAGCUGCCUGGGCUGCGGGGUCCUGCCUGGAGCCUGGGCUCAGUUCCCUCGGGUCUGCAUGACCGUGGACAGCCUGGUGAACAAGGAGUGCUGUCCGCCGCUGGGUGUGGAGGUGGACAAUGUCUGUGGCUCUCAGGAGGGCCGGGGACAGUGCACAGAAGUGCAAGCCGACACCAGGCCCUGGAGUGGUCCCUACAUCCUGCGAAACCAAGAUGACCGUGAGCGGUGGCCAAGAAAAUUCUUCAACCGUACCUGCAAGUGCACAGGAAACUUCGCUGGCUAUAACUGCGGAGACUGCAAGUUUGGCUGGACUGGCCCCAGCUGUGAUCGGAAGAAACCACCAGUCAUCCGGCGGAAUAUCCAUUCCUUGACUCCUCAGGAGAGAGAACAGUUCUUGGGUGCCUUAGACCUUGCCAAGAAGACCGUCCACCCUGACUACGUGAUCACCACACAGCACUGGCUGGGCCUGCUGGGGCCCAAUGGGAGCCAGCCGCAGGUGGCCAACUGCAGCGUUUAUGACUUUUUUGUGUGGCUCCAUUAUUAUUCUGUUAGAGAUACAUUAUUAGGACCAGGGCGUCCCUACAAGGCUAUAGAUUUCUCCCACCAAGGACCUGCCUUUGUUACCUGGCACCGGUACCAUUUGUUGUGGCUGGAAAGAGAUCUCCAGAAACUCAUUGGCAAUGAGUCCUUUGCUUUGCCCUACUGGAACUUUGCCACCGGGAGGAAUGAGUGUGACGUGUGCACAGACCAGCUGUUUGGGGCAGCGAGAGGAGNUGAUCCAAAUUUAUGAGUUAAGAUCUAUUCUUUUUAAUCUCUUACCAAUCUUAGCCUAGAUGAUUACAACCGCCGGGUGACCCUGUGUAACGGAACCUAUGAAGGUUUGCUGAGAAGAAAUCAAAUGGGAAGAAACAGUGAGAAAUUGCCAACUCUAAAAGACAUACAAGAUUGUCUGUCUCUCCAGAAGUUUGAUAAUCCCCCUUUCUUCCAGAACUCUACCUUCAGCUUCAGGAACGCCUUGGAAGGGUUUGAUAAAGCAGACGGGACCCUGGACUCUCAAGUGAUGAGCCUUCACAAUCUGGUUCAUUCCUUCCUGAACGGGACGAGCGCUUUGCCACACUCAGCUGCCAAUGAUCCCAUUUUUGUGGUCCUUCAUUCCUUCACUGAUGCCAUCUUUGAUGAGUGGAUGAAGAGGUUCAAGCCUCCCGCAGAUGCCUGGCCUCAGGAGCUGGCCCCGAUUGGCCACAACAGGAUGUACAACAUGGUUCCUUUCUUCCCUGCGGUGACGAAUGAGGAACUCUUUCUAACCGCAGACCAACUGGGCUACCGCUAUGCCAUUGAUCUGCCAGUUGAGGAAACUCCUUCUUGGACCACAGCCUUCUCUGUGGUUCUGGGACUCCUGGUGGCUCUGGUUGGUCUUUUUGCGCUGCUGGUUUUCCUUCAAUACAGAAGACUUCGAAAAGGAUACACACCCCUGAUGGAGACACACCCAGGUAACAGGAGUUACACGGAAGAAACAUAG